GGAGAGAGGGGAGGGAGGAAGGCGAGAGAAAGGGAGCUGCUUGGAUCCCGUACUUCCCAGAGCCUGCCAGGAGCGCGCACUCAGCGGCUCUCCGGGUCCCAGCGUCCCAGCCGCGGCCCGCGCCCCGCUGCCCCGCACCUCCUCCUCCUCCUCCGCCUCCUCCUCCUCUCCCGGCACCCCUCGCCCCCUCCCUCCAGCUACGCUCGGGCAGCAGCCGCCCCCGGCCCCUACUCGGCCACAUCCCCAACUCUCCGGGCUCAGUCCCGGGACGCGCGUCCUCGCCCCAUCCUUUCCUGCUUCCUUCCUUCCCUCGCGCCCGCCCUCCCUCUCCAGGUCUCCCUCCCGGGUCCCGAUUGUCUCCGUCCCCUUCUCGGUCCGCCCGCGCCCGCCUCGCCCUGCCCCGUCUCUCUCCCUCGCACUUCCUGAGUCGCCCGCCGCCGCCGCCGCCGUCUCGCCGCGCCGCGGGAGCCCGAGCCCGAGCCGCCGCUGCCCCGGCUGCAGCCCCCGUAGCCCGCGGCGCCCGCCGAGGGAGCCCCGGCGCCCGGGGAGGGAAAAGUGGGCGAGCGCGCCUCGCCCAGCCCCGCGCCCCAGCCCUGCCCGGCGAGGAAGGACCGGGAAGAUGAACAACGGCGGCAAAGCCGAGAAGGAGAACACCCCGAACGAGGCCAACCUUCAGGAGGAAGAGGUCCGGACCCUAUUUGUCAGUGGUCUCCCUCUGGAUAUCAAACCUCGGGAGCUCUAUCUGCUUUUCAGACCAUUUAAGGGCUACGAGGGUUCUCUUAUAAAGCUCACAUCUAAGCAGCCCGUAGGUUUUGUCAGUUUUGACAGUCGCUCAGAAGCAGAAGCUGCAAAGAAUGCUUUGAAUGGCAUACGCUUCGAUCCUGAAAUUCCGCAAACACUACGACUAGAGUUUGCUAAGGCAAACACGAAGAUGGCCAAGAACAAACUAGUAGGGACUCCAAACCCCAGUACUCCUCUGCCCAACACUGUACCUCAGUUCAUUGCCAGAGAGCCAUAUGAGCUCACAGUGCCUGCACUUUACCCCAGUAGCCCUGAAGUGUGGGCCCCGUACCCUCUGUACCCAGCGGAGUUAGCGCCUGCUCUACCUCCUCCUGCUUUCACCUAUCCCGCUUCACUGCAUGCCCAGAUGAGGAAACAGACCGGAGAAGAUGGAGAGAGUUACCCAAAGUCGCAAGUGGCUCUGCCAUGACUAGAGCCAGGUCACCUGUCUCCUGGGCCUUGCUCUUUCUACACCUCAGUCCUGGCUCACCAAAGACUUACUCUUUGAUGGAAUUUUGGAAAGGCCUUACUCCAAUGAUUCCAUGGAUCUUUCUUCUUUAAGUAGAUGAGAAGCCUGUAAGAAGAGACUUGGAGGCAAAGACAAGGGAAUCAGAACUUAACCUUCACCCAAAGGGCUUAAGAAUUUUUAUUAACUGGAGGUAGAGCAGAGGGGAAGACCAAAAUGGAGCAUCCUCUUAGUGGAUAAAUUGGUUUUUGUUUUGGAAAUCUUAUUAUAUGUCUUUGGAGAGGCUUUUGAAUAAUUUUGCUUUUCUUAGCUCUGUUGUGCUCUGUUUUGAGACAUGGAUUU